ACGGCAGGUGUAUAAACAAUAGGAUAAAAAUUAAUAAUUGAAAUAAUGUUCUAGAUUCUAUUUAAAUCUAUAAAUAUUUUGUGUUUCCCUCUUUUUAGCUUAAAUAUAAAAAGUCUGCUAUAGAUCUAAACUAUAAGAAGUGGUUUGUAUUCUUUAUGUUGACUCUAGACGUGGGUCAGAGAAAAUCUAAGAUCUAGAUCUAGAGUAGAUCUAUUGUCUAUUGUCAAUAUCAUCGCGUCGGAGAUCUGAUACUGUCAACGUGUGACGGUUUGUUACAUUCAGUGAAAUUCAUUAAAGCCAAACAGCUCAAACCUAUAUUGAACUCGUAAAUUUGACGCUUUAUAGAGGAACAGCCAGCAGAAUACAACUAUUAACGAGGCAUUGGGAAAAAAAAGCUGAAGGGUAAAUCAACUUUGUAAACCGGUAUAUGAACAGACGAAAAUGAAAAAAGGUGAUAAAAGGAAAAAGAAAGACGGUCAAGACAAGAAGAGAGCUCCCAAGCCAGAGAGUCUGAUGAGAAGCUAUCUGAGGGGCACACUGUUGUUCGUUUACAGGGCAUUCGGAACUUAUUUGGCCACCCGGCCAACUGAUCUGAAUAUAAAAAUAGGCGAGUACUACCUGAGCCGCUUUGCCCUAGGCAAUUCAGACUUCAUCGACGGCGAGACCUUACAUGGUGGUCAAGGAAAGCUUAGGACCAGUUACCUCAGACACAUUUUUUUAGACGAGGAUCUUGAGACAUUUUUUAAGUUACUUAGGAAAUUAGGGCUAGUGGCCACCAGCUCAACUGUAAAGGAAAAAUCUUCCAUACCUAUGCCUGAAACCAAGAAUGAUCAUGCCAGAUUCUUGAAAACCCCACCUAAGAAUAAGGAGUACGAAGUCAUACAAUAUAACUUGGGAAAAGAAGCGCGGACGUUAAGCUACUGUGAAGCUGACGGGAAUUGUAUGUUUCGAGCCCUAGCGACGUUGGUACAUGCCGAUGAAUCAAAGCACCCCUACCUCAGAAGGAGCAUUGUGCAUUUCAUUCACAACUACAAAGACUAUUUUCAUCCUUACGUAGAGGAAGGGGAUGUUGAGAAACAUUUAGAAAAUAUGAAGAAAGAUGGCUACUGGGGUUCAGAAGCUGAACUGUACGCAUUAGCAACAAUUUUAAAAGCAAACAUCUAUGUCUACACGCCUAAUGCAAGCACUUACAGGUGGAUUCUGCUGGAACCGUUAUUUGAAUGUGAUACUUUAGUAACUGGUUUUGAACAAACUCAAGUCUGCAAAUACUUAACAGUGUGCUUCACCAACGGAAAUCAUUACGACUCAGUAUUGCCUGUCAAGGACUGUAAUUGUUGUUUAGCUCCUCCCAGACUGGAAGGCAAAGAAGCAUCCUCAACUUUGAGUAAAGGUCAAAACGUGAUGGACGCAUUACCCCAAUGUAGUUGUAACUUAAAGGCCUUGGACAGUAGAGAGGAACCAUUUAGCUGCCAAUUUAAAUCCACUUUUAAAAAUGAGGCAGAAGACUUGCCGUCUUCCAAACGAUCAAGUGAAGGGUGUUCUGUAGCUCCACCGAUUCCAGUGCAUUCACUUCGUGUAGAGGACCAAGCCAAGAGGAGCUUCAGUGAUGUGCUGUUUGAUGACAUCAAGAGCUUUAAGCGAACAAUAUACAACAAAGACUGUCAGGAAAAUGAAUUAAAGAAAGAAAUCAACCAAUGGAAAGACCGUUCGGAUUGGUUUGAAGCACAACUUGACAACGAGCAGCAGAAGGCGAAAGACAAGAAAGAUCGUCUUCAUAAGACAUAUGUUUCUAUGUCAUGUUGCUCAUGUACACACCAUCUUGACAGUAUUGAGAGAAGACCUUACUUGUUAGAUUGCGGACAUGUUGCGUGUGGUGUUUGCUCAGAAAAGUCCGUCCAGGAAGCACUUCUAUGUAGAACAUGUGGACAAAUCUGCCAUGCCCAAUCGGAGAAAGUCUUCGAAAUUCUUUUAAACACCAUAAUGUGGAUAGAGAAAGAACUUUUAGAUUAGUUACCAACUUAGAAGCAUUUAUUGUAAACUAAAUAAAAAUUCAUCAGGUUUCGUUAGUCUAGAUUUAAAUUUAGAAUUUUAGUUGCCUUUAAAACUAC